AUGGGUGAUGCUGGAUUCUUCAAGGGCACGAGUGCUGAGCAGGAUGCACGGUUCAGCGACAAGCAAAAAAAAUUGCUUCGCUCAAUGCAUUUUCCUCCGGAAUUUAAUCAAAAGAUCGACAUGAAAAAAGUUAAUUUGAAAGUCAUCAAGGGCUGGAUGGCUCAACGUAUCAAUCAACUAUUAGGGAUCGAAGAUGAAGUUGUUAUAGAAUACGCAUUCGGGAUGCUGGAAGAAGAUUCUCCAGAUCCCAAAACAAUUCAGAUCAACCUUCAAGGAUUCCUGGAUAAGAAUUCACAGGUUUUUGUAUUGGAGUUAUGGAAGUUGUUGAUUAGUGCACAAAACAGUCUUGGAGGUAUUCCGCAACAAUUUGUGGAUCAGGCAAAAGAAGAGCUCCUGGCAGCCAAGCGUGCUAAAGAAUUGGAACUUGCAAAGAUCAAGGAACAGGAAGAAAAGGAGCGAGCAGUUGCAGAGGAAGUCAGGAAGAAAGCCCAGGCAAUCCGUGAAGCUACAAGACCAACAGCAUUAUCACUCAGUAACGGGAGUGCAAAGGAUACAAAGGGCAUAAAGCAUGCAAAGGACAUAAAGGACACAGAGAGCACAAAGGAUGCAAAAGAAGAUAAAGAAACUAGUGUAUCCGAGCAUGCAGAGGGUUCAGCAGAUGUUGCCUCAAAAUCCGCUGCUAUUGACUCACAUGCACUCGAAAAUGAGUUGCGUGAAAAAUUGCUUCGUGAGCGUGUGUUAAAGUCGGUGAAGAACAGAACUGCUGUCACUACAACAAUGGCAACAACAUCAGCAGAUAUUACACAGGACCGGGAAGGUGCACAAGAGAAGGAAAAAGACUCUGUUACGGACAACAGCAGUGCACAACCAGCCGAAGGCACAUAG